CACCACCACCACCGUCAUCGACAUCGAGCAAGUUCCAACCACCUCUUGCUGCAAAACAUCCACGCAGAAUGUCGACACCAGCACCGCCCGCCGUCCCCCCCGCCAGCGGCUCGGGCACGAUCAUCACGCAGCCGCCCCCGCCGGCGGCGACGCGCGAGAGCCGCAUCGCGACACACAGCCACAUCAAGGGCCUCGGCCUCGCCGACGACGGCACGGCAAUGGAGAGCUCGCAGGGGUUUGUGGGGCAGCGCAUGGCCCGCGAGGCCUUGGGUCUCCACCUUAGCUUGUUGCGGCAGGGACGGCAUAGCGGGCGGCCGGUGCUGCUUGUCGGCCCGCCGGGGACUGGUAAGACCGCUCUCGCCGUCGCCCUCAGCCAGGAGCUCGGCAGCAAGGUCCCAUUCUGCGGCAUGGUCGGUUCCGAGGUGUACUCUGGCGAGGUCAAGAAGACCGAGGUUCUGGGCAGCUGCUUCCGCCGGGCAAUAGGCCUUCGGAUCAAGGAGACGAAGGAGGUCUACGAAGGCGAGGUCACCGAGCUCACGCCAUCCGAGGCUGAGAACCCCCUCUCUGGCUACGGCAAGACCAUCUCGCACGUUAUCGUCGGCCUUAAGACGGUCAAGGGUACCAAGCAGCUCCGCCUCGACCCUUCCGUCUACGAGGCGAUCCAGAAGGAGCGUGUUGUUGUCGGCGACGUCAUCUACAUUGAGGCCAACACUGGUGCCGUUAAGCGUGUCGGCCGCUCAGACGCGUACGCGAGCGAGUACGACCUCGAGGCUGAGGAAUACGUCCCUUUGCCCAAGGGUGACGUCCACAAGCGCAAGGAGCUGGUCCAGGACGUGACGCUGCACGACCUCGACAUGGCCAACGCGCGUCCCCAGGGCGGACAGGACAUCAUGAGCGUCAUGGGCCAGCUCGUCAAGGGCGGCCGUACCGAGGUCACAGACAAGCUCCGCCGCGAGAUCAACAAGGUCGUCGACAGGUACAUUGAGCAGGGUGUCGCCGAGCUCGUUCCCGGUGUGCUCUUCAUCGACGAGGUGCACAUGCUCGACAUGGAGUGCUUCACGUACCUGAACCGCGCGCUCGAGUCGCCCAUGUCGCCCUACGUCGUGUUCGCGUCCAACCGAGGCAUCACGACCAUCCGCGGAACCGAGUACGACGGCGGUUACGGCGGCGAGGGCAUCAGGUCCCCGCACGGUAUCCCCGUUGACCUGCUUGACCGCUGCAUGAUUGUCAAGACGGAGCCUUAUGCGCGUGGCGAGAUCCGGACCAUCCUCGAGACGCGUUGCCGUGUCGAGGGCAUCCAGGUGGCGCCUGCUGCGCUCGACCGUCUUGCCGAUGAGGGAGAGAAGAGUUCGCUCCGCUACGCCCUCCAGCUCCUCACGCCGUCGUCUAUUGUCGCGCGCACCGCCGGACGGACAGAGGUGUCGCUCGAGGAUGUGGCGCAGCUCGAGGACCUCUUCCUCGACACCAAGCGGAGUACACUGGUGCUCAAGGACUUGGACGCGAACACGAAGAGGUAUUAGGGGGGUGUGAGGUAGAUGGUUACAUGCAGCAGUUUAUAUGAG